ACGCAGGCCCAUCUUUAAAGGCCCGCAGCUGGCCCGAAGGCGCUCCGACACCCGCCGGCUGCCCCGGGCGAUCCCCAGAGCGCGCAGGCCCCCGCUCCUGCCCGAGCUGCCAGGGCCAUGGGCCGCUACUGCGUCCGCGUGACCACCGGGGCUUGGCUCUUCUCAGGCUCGCAUAACCGCGUGCAGCUCUGGCUGGUCGGGGCGCGCGGGGACGCGGAGCUGGAGCUGCAGCUGCGGCCGGCGCGGGGUCAGGAGGAGGAGUUUGAUCUCGACAUUCCCAAGGACCUGGGGCCCCUGCAGUUCGUGAAGUUGUGCAAACACCACUCCCUGGUGGACGACGCCUGGUUCUGCGACCUCAUCACGGUGCGGGGCCCGGGAGCCUCCGAGGAGGCCGCCUUCCCCUGCUACCAAUGGGUGCAGGGCCAGGGCGUGCUGAGCCUGCCGGAGGGCACCGCACGCCUGGCAGGAGAUAAUGCACUGGAUGUGUUCCAGAAGCAUCGAGAGAAAGAACUGAAGGAAAGACAAAAGCUGUACUGCUGGGACACCUGGAAGGAGGGGCUGCCCCUGACAAUUGCAGCCGGGUGUCAGGAUGAUCUGCCUCCAAAUAUGAGAUUCCAUGAGGACAAGAGGCUGGACUUCGAGUGGGCACUGAAGGCGGGGGCACUGGAGAUGGUCCUCAAACGCAUCUACACUCUCCUGAGCUCCUGGAACCACCUGGAGGAUUUUGAUCAGAUCUUCUGGGGCCAGAAGAGCAUUCUGGCUGAGAAGGUUCACCAGUGCUGGCAGGAUGAUGAGCUUUUUGGCUACCAGUUCCUCAAUGGCGCCAACCCCAUGCUGUUGAGACGCUCUGCCUGCCUGCCCUCCCGUCUAGUGCUGCCCCCAGGGAUGGAGGCACUUCGGGCCCAGCUGGAGAGAGAGCUCCAGAAUGGUUCUCUGUUCGAGGCUGACUUCAUCCUCCUGGAUGGACUUCCAACCAAUGUGAUCCGGGGAGAGAAGCAGUACCUGGCUGCCCCCCUCGUCCUGCUGAAGAUGGAACCCAAUGGGAAGCUGCUGCCCAUGCUUAUCCAGAUCCAGCCUCCCGGCCCCAGCUCCCCCACCUCGCCGCUGUUCCUGCCCUCAGACCCCCCACUUGCCUGGCUCCUGGCAAAGGUCUGGGUCCGAAAUUCAGAUUUCCAACUGCACCAGCUCCAGUAUCACCUGCUAAACACUCAUCUGGUGGCCGAGGUCAUGGCUGUGGCCACCAUGAGGUGCCUCCCGGGGCUGCACCCUGUCUUCAAGCUCCUGAUCCCGCAUAUCCGCUACACCAUGGAGAUCAACACGCGGGCCAGAACCCAGCUCAUCUCAGAAGGGGGAAUAUUCGAUAAGGUGGUGAGCACGGGUGGAGGGGGCCAUGUGCAGCUGCUCCGUCGGGCCAUGGCUCAGCUGACCUACCGUUCCCUCUGUCCUCCUGAUGACCUGGCUGACCGGGGCCUGCUGGGGAUCCCAAGUGCCCUCUAUGCCCACGAUGCUCUACGGCUCUGGGGGAUCAUUGCCCAGUACGUGGAGGGCAUUGUCCACCUCUUCUACCACCGGGAUGACGUCGUGAGAGGGGACUCUGAGCUGCAGGCCUGGUGUCGGGAGAUCACUGAGGUGGGGCUGUGCCACGCCCAGGAGCGAGGUUUCCCCAUCUCCUUCCAGUCCCGGAAGCAACUGUGCCACUUCCUUACCAUGUGCAUCUUCACAUGCACUGCUCAGCACGGGGCCAUCAACCAGGGCCAGCUGGACUGGUAUGCCUGGGUCCCUAAUGCCCCAUGCACAAUGCGGAUGCCCCCACCUACCACCAAGGAAGAGGUGAAAAUGGCUACAGUGAUGGGCUCACUACCUGAUGUCCGACAGGCUUGUCUUCAAAUGACCAUCACGUGGCAUCUGGGUCGCCGCCAGCCAGACAUGGUGCCUCUGGGACAUCACAAAGAAAAGUAUUUCUCAAGCCCCAAGGCCAAGGCUGUAUUAAACCAAUUCCAAACAGAUUUGGAAAACCUAGAAAGAGAGAUUACAGCCCGGAAUGAGCAGCUCGACCUGCCCUAUGAUUACCUGAAACCCAGCCGCAUAGAGAAUAGUGUCACUAUCUGAGCCCCGCAGUAUCCUCCCCACAUACACACAAGACUUCAGAUCGGCUCUGGGGCUCACAUGCCCAUCUCGAACGUCAUGGUUUCCAAAGUCUCUGAUGCUAACACUCUAUUUUCUCCCCCAACCAAAUCCCCUAUGUCAAUAUGCCACUAGCCCAGGGUGGGGCGGCAAACCUCUUCUGUAAAGGGCCACAUAAUAAAUAUUUUAGGCUUUGUAGGCCACAGUCUCUGUCACAACUACUUCCCCUCCCCUGAUAGAGCAGAAAAGUGCCCCAAAUGACAUGUAAGUGCAUGAGUGUGACCGUGUUCCUGGAAAACUUUAUGAGCAGUAAAGUAUGAAAGUAUGAA